AUGGCCGCCACUCUGCCCAACGUUUCCUCGGACCUGAUCUGGGAGGUCGUCCGCAGCCAGAAUGCGUUCCUGGUCAACCGCAACGAUGCCGGCGGUCUCCAGCUCUCCCGUGACCCCCUUAACCUGGUCAACAAGCACUCCCGCAAGGCCAUCGGCGUUGUCCCCAACGAGAAGGGUGGUGUCAAGGUGAUCAGCAAGAACCAGAAGAACGGCAACAAGCCCGCCAAGAACAUCACUGAGGUCACCUACGGCGGCAACAAGUCUGCGCGCAAGACCUACUCCGCCGUUGCCCGCCAGGCUGCCGCCAGCGGCUACCGUGCCGAUCUCCGUGAGGCCGCCGUCCAGCGCGUCUCCGCUAUCCGCCGCGCCCAGCGCCCCGUGAAGGCCACCCCCGAGAAGAAGCCCCGCGGCAACAAGGCCAAGAAGGCCUCCACCGAGACUGAGGCAUAA